CAACGGCAGCUGUGUACGAAUGAAAUCAUCCGGGUGAAUGUUGAAAUGGGGCCGAUCCAGGAUCUCGGGGUAGGAUGUUUGAUACCUGCAGCAUAAAUGGUGUGAGAAUUGAACGGUAUAAGGGGAUGUAGAUGGGGGAUUCACUUGUAGCGCUUGCUAUGGGUGGUAUGAAUCCUCGCCUAGACGGGUGCGGAUGGACGGACGCAAACGCUGAAAUCAGCUCCGGGGAUCGAUACGAUAAAUGAAUGCGUGCGAUUGGUAGCUGAGAAAAUCGAUGAUGCACGUUGUGGGGCACCCUACCCGAAUACACCGACGACAACGGAUGGAGCAAAGACCGAAAUAUCGAUUUUUAGACCCCUACACGGAGCUUCGAUGUUCAUAUCUGCCCUGUGCCCCGUCUGCGAAGCGCCUUUCAAAACAUCAGUGCGUAGAAAAACCUGAAAUUAUUCAAGAGUUUUACGUUGUGCGACCUCAAAUAGUGAUUUCCUACUUCAGGGCUAAUGUCAGAAAAAAUGGCUGUUGCCGCGUCAGAGAAUUACCAAUUGAAGUGGCACAGUUAUGGGGCUCAUCUCCACAGCUCUGUUGCAACUUUACUUCAUUCAGAAUCAUUUGCUGAUGUUUUGUUAGCAACAUCAUGUGGCAGGCAUGUUGCAGCUCAUCGCUUUGUUCUUGCGGCCUGUUCUUCUUACCUCAGUCACAUCUUUCAAACAUGUCACUUUGGCGCAAACACAAAUGCGCCCAUAAUUGUGGUGUUGCCCACCGAAAUUGGCUACCGAACAUUGAAGAUAUUGAUUCAAUAUAUGUACAGUGGUGAGGCAACGGUAACUAAUGAUCAGCUAGAAGGAGUUUUGAAAGCAGGAGAUAUCCUCAGAGUUCGUGGCCUGUGGAGAUCCAAUAAUGGGAGCAAAAAGGAGAAUAUUCAAUCGAACAAUCAGAAAGUAGAGCGUGAUAAAAAAGAGGCAGCCCCAAUGACGCGGGAUAUUCAGAAAAUUAAACUGAUCCAGCCAAUGCCUGAUAAAGUUGUUGAAAAUGUCCAACAGGCAGUAUCAACUCAAGGGAACGUUUCAGCUCAAAAGACUUUAGAUGGCAAACAAAUGCACCAAACUGAUGAAAAAAUAAAAGAAUCAGAGAAUGCCAAAGUACGUGAGGAAAGCCAAAAUGCUGAUGAAAGUAAAAGCAAAGGAAAUCUGGAAGCUAAUGCAAAAAAAAGAAAAAGUAUCAAUAGUGAGACUGAAUCUAAUAGAACAAGAAGCGAAGCUGGUGACAAUGAACAGGAUGAAUUGAAUCUGGAGCUAUUAGUAAAAGACGAGCCAAUUGACUGGGAAGAGUCAAUUGACCCCUCUGAGACCUUGACGAUUGAUCACGAAAUCGAUAUUAAGCCAGAAAUUGUACACAGUGCAGAUGAAGAGGGUGAAAUGGAAGAAGAAGAGUACACACCCUUAACUUGCGACAUGUGCAGCCAAACGUUCAAUAGACCAUCUGAUUGGGUUCGCCACAUAGAAUUCACACACGCUGAUAUGACGGAAAAUAGACGAAGAAAACGAAAGGGAGACACUGACGACGAUAGCAAGGACUUCCCACCACUGAAAUGUGAUUUGUGCGGUAACAUGUACCCAACACCUCAGGAAUGGGUGCGGCACAUACAAACGGAGCAUACCGAAGAGCAGUUAGCCCUCAUGAACAACUCAGCACCUCCGAAACCAAAGAGAGUUCACAGCCAUCAAAAGCUGUGUAACAUCUGCCAAAAAGUAUUUCCCAGCCAUGCAUCAAUGGUUAUUCAUCAAAGAACGCAUACUGGUGAAAAACCGUUUUUAUGUUCGUACUGCAAGAAAGGUUUUAAUGUUAAGAGUAAUCUAUUGCGGCAUCUGCGAACGCUCCAUGAUAAAUUUGUGCACCCUAGCUUAUACGGUAGUAAUGGUAACAAGAACGCCUAAGUUACUCUUUUAAGUUUUUUUCGUAAAUUCAGCGGAAUUGUUUUACCAACUUUUAUUAUAAAGAAACGCAGAGAAAGCAAUGUCGCUGAAUAUGCAUGAAUAAAAUUGAAAAGUUUUGAACAAAUGUGAGAUCUAAUUAUGAGACGUGUCAAAAAAAGAGCGGUAGAAAGUAAGUAUAAUAAUUGUCAAUGGUACAGAAUUCUCCAUAUUUUCCAUUGAAAUUUUUUUAUCUAACUAUUUUGGAUUCACAGGAUUCUAGAGACACAGAAUUAUUCUAGAAUAGAUUUGUCAAACUUACUGAAUACUAUACAGUUACCACUAUUUGCUCCCGAAAAAACAAACUUUUUAAGCAAUCAAAGUUUAACACAUAAUUUUUGACAAGUCCUGUGUAACUGGCAUCCAACGUCAAAAACUUGAAUCAAAUAUUAGGUGUAAGAUGGAUACACAUAUAAAUAUAGUUCAAGUAUGAAUCCAGUACAGAAGGAAAAUUAAGUAUGAUAAUGUAUUGUAGUUUUGAAAUAGUAGAGACAAAGCAAUACCAGGGCUUUUUAACCAAAGAGGCUGACAAAUAUUGCCAAAGUAUUAUAUUUUGUUGCUAUUUCGAUUUUCGCGAAACGUACUAAUAUUAAAACAAAAACUAUUAAAGUAAAAUAAAACGAUUUUUAAAAAACUAAACGAAUGUAAGAGAGUUAAUGAGUGAACUGUUAACAUAUAAAAGUUUUGAACGGAGUACUUGAGUGUAAAAUAUUUUUAGCCAUUAGUUAACUUUUAAUGAAUCGAUACUUAACUACUGAAUAAUCCAAGAAAUCCAAAUGACUUAAGAUUUAAUUAUAUACUUCUAGGCAAUUCGUAAGCUAAUUAUGUAUUUUUAUAUUACAAGUAGCUUGGAUAGAUUUACGAAUAAAGAAAUAUUAAUUAAAUUUUAAACUUCAACUAGAUUAGAUUUCAAAAUUAAGACAAAAUGUAUCAAAAAUUUUGGAAAUGUAUUUGGUUUUCUUCGUAUGCUACAAAUGCAAUACUUUCAAAAUACAAUCAUGGCUUAUAAGGAAGAUCUCCAUCUUAUAUUAUGACGUAAGAUUAACUCAAUCGACGCAAUCACAUUACCCUAUUACAGAUUCUAGAGACGACUCUUCAUCACACUAACCUGUGGCAAGCCAAAGAAAUUUAACUGUACAUUUUGCUAAUAAACUACAUUCAAAAUA